AACUGCUUUAGAAAACAAGCACAAAAUAACUUGUAACACAGGAUUAGUUUACAUUGUGCGAGCAAUAUUUCAACUAAAAUGAAUUUUCUUCUAAUCCUUGCUUUGGAGGUUCUCUUUGUUGUAUACGUUGUUGACGCUGGUGCCUAUGCUCCCUGCAAGAAAAUGUGUAAGAAAAUAUCUAGCAAAUGUGCUACAUACUGUAAGGUUAAAAAGUGUUUUGUCAUCGACGACGGCUGCUGGAACGAUUGCGUGGGCGAUGUUCUACCUUCUGAAGACUCUGUGCAAGCUUGCAUGAAGCGAUGUCUAAGGCCAUUACGUGCCCCACAAGCUUGUACCAGGUGGGAACCAUGGUCAGACUGGACAUGUAAAGAAUGUGUAGGCUUACCUGACAAACGCAAACCAAUUUACCGUUUUGAUGAUGUUAUAUGCAAGCGUUCUUGCACAAGAACAUGCACAAGAACAAGGGUAUGCCCUCCGUGUCCAUUUGCACCAGCAGCACCGCCCCAAUGUGUAGGGCGAUCAUACGAGACGAAAACGGAAGCUUGCUGUGUCGAAUACGGCACUCGUCAAAUAUGCGUUCCAUUUUGCCGGAACGAGGAAUGUUCCAGCAUGCAUAGGAGAAAUUGCUGUGUAUGCCCACUACCAAGUCUAACUCGUCUAGUAUGCGACCCAGAUUGCCAGAUCGAUGAGUGUGACAAAGAUGGAGGGGGAUAUUGCUGUAUAUGCCCAAACAAUGCAGAUCUUUUGGACAAAUGCCGUGAUAUUUCAUGAGUUUGAUUCCACAAACGAAAAAUAAAGUAUUUGAUUUUUGAUUAAUUACAAUGUACUUGUGCACAUGGAAAAAUAAAAUUUAUAAGAUGAAAG